CAGAUGAGCGGUGAUUGAAAGGAAAACACACAACCCACCUUCCAUGUGCUAACCUUCCUUCUUUUACAUUAAAACUUAAUUUUCUCUUUCACUCGAGAAGAGAAAGAGAAAACAAAAAUAUCCCUAAAAAUCACGACCAAAAGGGAUUCCCUUUUCUCUCAUUUUCCUUUCAUCCAAACAAUGCCUCUCCUUCACUCUUCUGCUUGAAACCCAGAAGAAAAUAAAAUUAUGAAUAAUUCUUGGUUUGACGAAGGGUUUGAUGGGGUGAAUGAUGAUUUCUUUGAUGAUGUAAUAAAGUAUUUGGAUUUCCCAUUGGAAGAUGUUGAAGGCACUGAUGGUGGUGAUGGUAGUAGUGGAGAAGGUGUCAUAGAUUUUCAUUUGCCUCUUGAUGAUGACGUAGAACAAAACAACUCCGGUGGCGGCGAAGAGUGGGAUUGUAACUUUCAGAACUUGGAACCGCCGCCUGCUAAUGUUCUCGCCGGCAUGUCUUCCGGAUUUUCUGGUGAUUUUUUCAAUGAUAGUUCGCCGAAAUGCCUUACGGUUUCUUGUGAUGGAUCUUCUCAGCUAAACCAGUGGUCGAGCGUUACAGAAGCAUCCUCCGGCAGAAGUGUUACCCUACACAGUGAGUCCACCGAUGUCAAAGGUUCAAUCCGGUUCCAGACCUCCAGUCCUGUAUCUGUGCUUGAAAGCAGUAGUACUUGCUCUGCUGCAAAUCCGGUACCUAUUAACCCUAAACUCGGUUUCCUGGUGAAACGAGGUCGAAGCAAGCGCAGACGAGCAUCUGCCUUUAAUGUGCACUUCACAUUGCCUUUCACGUCCUCCACCUCCUCCACCUCCCGAGGAUCUAAUUCAUCAGUUGGUUCUGAAUCUGAAUCAGAAAGCCAUCUCACCGAGGAACCUGCCAAAAAGAGAUUGAAGAAGAAAAUGAACCUGACAUGGCUUUCGGAUUUCAGCGAGAUGAAGAAAUCCCCCUCCCGACAGCCUAUUGAAGUUAGGAAAUGCUUGCACUGCGAAGUUACGAAAACCCCACAAUGGCGAGAAGGACCAAUGGGCCCAAAAACCCUUUGUAACGCAUGCGGCGUUCGUUUCAGGUCCGGCCGUCUCCUCCCUGAGUAUCGCCCUGCUGCAAGUCCCACAUUUGUUCCAGCAUUGCACUCCAACUCUCAUAAGAAGGUGGUUGAGAUGAGAAAACAGGCCAACUUGCCGAUGACCGGAACACCACCCAUGCUGUCAAUCCCACAGGCACCAAUUAGUAUGUAGUUGAGAGAAAGCUUCACAUAGGGAGCUUCAUUGUCAUUGUGUCUUACAUUUUUGUUUUUGGUUCAGUGUGUACAUUGAUGGAAUAAGUAGGAACUUUAGAUGAGAUGUUUGGAGGGUGAAUUUUCAAAUUAGGGUUAAUUUUAGUGAUGCUUAUAGCUCUUGUUAAAGACAUUUAUGUAUCAGUUCUCUCACCCUAUUCAUUUAUUCUUCUUUAA